AUGUCACAGAACAACACAAACCACGAUGACAGUGACGACGACAGUGAUGAUGGCCAACUCCAUCAAGAAGCAGUGCUGAACUGCUAUUUUCACGUGAUGCAAGCCAUUGGGAAGAAGACUGGGUAUGCGAAGAAAAUCGUCGAUCCCAGCUUUGCGGCGAAUCGAAAGGACAAGCCGCAUGGAUCCAUGAAGGGUACAGCAUACUGGCACAUUACGGGCAUUGCCAUGACCAAGACUAUCGAACAGAGAAGAGUUGUGACGGACCUGUACAUGACCAAUUGGCGAGAACGCGGCGAAGACGCAGCGGCAGAACACUUCGAAAAAGAAUACUGCCGGUAUCCUACCUGGAAUUGGAAUUACUCCUGCAGCGGCGAGUGUGGGGUUUAUCCAUCCAACUGUCCCAAUGAAAGCUUCAACAGGCAUGGCAUAAAGGGUGUCUGUGCCGACUGCCCAAAGAAUGCUUCACUACCUGCCUUUCUUAUUUACACCGCCCCAAGACUUCUCCGCGAUGAUGCAAUCGAACGAUCAGACCCAUGCACGAUCGAGUUUCCGAAGACGUGUUCUCAUCUCAUGGUCACCAUUACAGCCUUUCUGCGUGAGGGUAUGGACAUUAUUGAAUUGGGUUGUCACUCUACUGGAAAGCCAUCUGGUUGGAUCGGCAAUCUACGACACAAGAUAGGCACUCCCCUGGACAGACGUCGUAUUCGGUUGAUCCAAGCCGCAAUGGAUGGUGAUGUCAGACCAUUUCAGAAGGUCCAUCCAAGAGGAGUACAAGUCUCUAAUGAGGAACUGGCUGACUCGAUGGUAUCAGCCACAAGAUCCGUAUGUCACUUGCAAUGGAAAGACGGUACUAUUGUGGGAGAUUGCGAAGAUUGUUUCAAGCACCUUGGGUAUAAUUGCCCAUGUGCUACCUAUCUUCGUAGCAAGUACGACCUAUUGCUCUCUACGCUACAAGUUCAAAGAAAGACCAGUGCCAAUUCCAGAGGAACGGCAGCAAAGGUUGCUGCGAGAGGAGACACUGCACGCAUGUACCAGAGUGGGCCAUCACGAAAAGGGGGAAAACGUCGUUGCCUUCCAGCAAUGCUGGAUUUGGUAGAGGACUACAUCGGCACCCUCAACCAUCAACAACUUGGCAGUGCUAUUCAGUACUUGUACCUUUGUCCAAGGGGUCGCGACAUGAACCAUCUUGUCAAAACCAGCAGCGAGUCAGAACUGCGUGAAAGACUUAUCGCUUUCCAUGACAACACGUCGCGUUACAGACAAAUGCUUCUUGGUACAAGCAAUGGCAAUCCCUCUGCGUAUGAACAUGUUCGCGCUCUUGUUGGGCGUAUUGAAAAGGCCCUACCAGCUCAAGCAUCUGGCAAGGAAAAUCCUGCCCGUACUGGUAUCAUCUAG